AAGAGAAGGAGGGUGGGCAACACUUGGUCAAAUCUCAAAUACAAAACCAACAUUAUUACUCCCUUAUAAAAUGGGCGAAACCUCUAGCUAGAAGAGACACACAUAGAGAGAGAGAUGGCUAAAAUACCAAUUCUUGAUUUUUCAGUGAAGGCAGUUUCUGACAAUGAGACCAGAAGAGAACUAUGUAAGCAAGUUAGAGAAGCAUGUGAGAGUCAUGGUUGUUUUCUUUUGACGUAUGAUUAUGAAACUGUCUCUUCAAAAUUAUGUCAAGAUUUGUUCAUUGCCAUAAAAGCAUUGUUUGAUCUUCCUCAAGAAACUAAGACCAAAUACGUUCAUCCGAAACCUUAUCGAAGCUACUCCGGUAAGAACCCGAUGAUUCCUUUCUAUGAAAGCUUUGGUCUCGAUGAUGCACACAACCUUGAUCAAGUUCAAGCUUUCACUAACCUCAUGUGGCCUCAUGGCUACCCAAAUUUCUGUGAGACAUUGCAUGUCAUGAGCUCAAAGAUGGCGGAACUGAACUUUGUGGUGUUGAAAAUGAUUUUUGAGAGCUUUGGAAUGGAAAAGCAUUAUGAAUCACACAUUAAAGAGAGCACAAGUCUAAUUAAGGUAAUGAAAUAUAUGGCUCCUCCAAAAGAUUCAGCCAUUGCUUUAAGUGCUCACAGAGACAAAAAUGCCAUCACCAUCUUAUGUCAAAAUGAGGUUCAAGGUCUUGAAGUUGAAACCAACGAUGGUGAAUGGGCUUCAGUAGUGGUUCCUCCAAAUGCUUUUGUAGUCAUCGUUGGUGAAGCACUCAAGGUGUGGAGCAAUGGGCGCCUAGAAGCAGUAAGACACAGGGUGGUGAUAAGUGGAAAAGAAGAUAGAUAUUCUUGCGCACUAUUUACAAUGCCGAAGGAGGAAUCAAAGAUUGAAGUACCAUGCGAACUUGUGGACAAAGACCAUCCUCUUCUCUAUCGUCCUUUUAUUUUUUCUGAUUAUAUUUCUUAUUUUGUCUCCAAGCUUACUGAUGAUGCUCUUGAAAUUUAUGCUGCCAUUUGAUACAUUUUAUUUGUUUCCUGUUCAAAAUUGUAAUUCAUUAUGUGUUUUUGUGGAAGACUUGUCAAUUGCUUGACAUUUUA